AACCGCUUCUCGAAUCUUGCGCAUGCUGGGGAGAUUUGGCGUUCAGCUCCGCGCGCUGAUGCUGGAGCGUGUUUAUGAGGGCGGAACUAUCGGUGUUCAUCAACAACAACAUGAAUGCUAACGCUAAAUAAAUGGUUUCCGGUCACGGGAAGUGGGGGAAAGCUACUUUGGUGACGGUCACCGGCGCUUAAAAUCUCUAGACGGGUGAAGAGAGAAACGCAACGCGGAGUUUUAUGCGUUCAGUUUGACAGGUGGACAGAUGCCGCCCGUUCAGAGAACUAUGUCGGAUCUCCGGACCCGUGCUGAAGGUUAUGAAAAGACAGAAGACACAUCAGAAAAGACUUCUCUAGCAGACCAAGAAGAUUCCAGACUAAUUUUUAUCAGUCAGCCCCAGUUUACCAAGUUCUGCAAUAAUCGUGUCAGCACUGCAAAGUACAAUGUCCUCACAUUCCUGCCUCGGUUCCUGUACUCUCAGUUCAGAAGAGCAGCAAAUUCCUUUUUCUUGUUCAUCGCACUUCUGCAGCAAAUACCUGAUGUGUCACCGACAGGGCGGUGGACAACGCUGGUGCCGUUACUCUUCAUCCUGUUGGUGGCAGCAGUGAAGGAGGUUAUAGAAGACCUGAAACGUCACAAUGCUGAUAGUGUUGUUAACAAGAAAGAGACACACGUAUUGAGGAACGGCGCUUGGGAGAUUGUACAUUGGGAGAAGGUUGUGGUUGGCGACAUAGUUAAAGUUAAUGGCAAAGAUUUCGUACCAGCAGAUGCUAUACUGCUGUCGUCCAGUGAACCUCAAGGAAUGUUCUCCAGCAUUGUGGAAACGUUGCAAAUUAGACCAGAUGAGCUUGUGGCAUUGUUGUCCUUCCAUCAUUUUUCCCCAGUCCACCCCAUCCCAUCAUGCCUUUCACAGCUCAGAAAACUGUCUGUCACCUUACUACCUCUCUCUCCUCUUCCUCCCCUCGCUCUUCUUUUUCCAGAUGGUGGAGCAGCCAACUUUGGCCUGAACUUCCUCACGUUCAUAAUCCUCUUCAACAACCUGAUUCCCAUCAGUCUUCUGGUGACUCUAGAGGUCAUCAAGUUCGUCCAGGCUUUCUUCAUCAAUUGGGACACUGACAUGCUGUAUGAAGCCACCAACACACCAGCUAUGGCCCGGACAUCAAACCUGAAUGAGGAGUUGGGACAGGUGAAGUACAUCUUUUCAGACAAGACAGGCACCCUGACCUGCAAUGUCAUGCAGUUUAAGAAGUGCACAAUUGCAGGCGUGGCCUACGGUCAUGCAGCUGAAGUUGAGGAUGGUAGUUUUGCGGAGGAGGACUGUCACAGCUCUCAGUCUACAGAGGAAGCUGGAUUUAAUGACCCCAGCUUACUGGAAAACCUCCGAAGUAAUCAUCCCACUGCUUCAGUCAUCCAGGAGUUCAUGACCAUGAUGGCUAUCUGUCACACGGCUGUCCCUGAACACAUCGACAACAAAAUCACCUACCAGGCUGCUUCCCCAGAUGAAGGCGCUCUGGUUCGGGCGGCACAAAACCUGGGCUUCGUGUUCACUGGGAGAACUCCAGACUGUGUUAUUGUGGAAUCGUGUGGAGAGGAGGAGAAAUAUGAAUUGCUGCACGUUUUGGAAUUCACAAGCACCAGGAAGAGGAUGUCAGUCAUCAUGCGCACUCCAUCAGGAAAGAUCCGCCUUUAUUGCAAAGGAGCUGACACCGUGAUCUAUGAGCGAUUAGCAGACAGCUCCAGAUACAAGGACAUCACCCUGAAACACCUGGAACAAUUUGCCACAGAGGGUCUCCGUACAUUGUGUUUCGCUGUGGCGGACAUCUCUGAGUCGUCCUAUCAGCAGUGGCUGGAGGUUUAUCAUCGUGCCUCGACGUCUCUCCAAAACAGGGCACUCAAGAUGGAGGAAAGCUAUGAACUGAUUGAAAAGAACUUGCAGUUGCUGGGGGCCACUGCAAUUGAAGACAAACUUCAAGACAAAGUUCCUGAAACCAUCGAGACCCUUAUGAAAGCCGACAUUAAGAUCUGGAUCCUGACUGGAGACAAACAGGAGACCGCCAUCAACAUAGGACACUCCUGCAAACUGCUCACGAAGAACAUGGGCCUGCUGGUGAUAAACGAGGACACCCUGGAUGGUACCAGGGAGACCCUCAGCCAUCACUGCAGCAUGCUGGGAGAUGCUCUGCACAAGGAGAACGAUUUCGCUCUCAUCAUAGAUGGAAAGACACUGAAGUAUGCCCUCACUUUUGGGGCACGCCAGUAUUUCCUGGACUUGGCUCUUUCCUGCAAGGCUGUGAUAUGUUGCAGGGUUUCACCUCUGCAGAAGUCUGAGGUGGUUGAGAUGGUGAAAAAACAGGUGAAAGUGAUCACACUGAUCAUAUUCAAGUACUUGAAGAAUCUUCUGUUGGUUCACGGCGCUUGGAAUUACAACCGUGUUGCCAAGUGCAUCCUGUAUUGCUUCUACAAGAACAUUGUGCUUUACAUUAUCGAGAUCUGGUUUGCAUUUGUGAAUGGCUUCUCCGGUCAGAUUCUGUUCGAGCGCUGGUGCAUCGGCCUGUACAACGUGCUCUUCACUGCUUUGCCUCCUCUGACUCUGGGCAUCUUCGAACGCUCCUGCAGGAAAGAGAACAUGCUUAAAUACCCUGAACUCUACAAAACCUCCCAGAAUGCAAUGGGCUUCAACACCAAGGUCUUCUGGGCUCAUUGUCUGAACGGUCUGUUUCACUCAGUCAUCCUCUUCUGGUUUCCCCUCAAGGCCUUCCAGCACGAUUAUUCAGAUUUAUUCAGUCACAUUGCCAUCUGGGGCAGCAUUGGAUUGUGGGUAGUCUUCUUUGGCAUCUACUCCUCACUAUGGCCUCUGAUUCCUCUGGCCCCGGAUAUGUCAGGAGAGGCGGACAUGAUGUUCAGUUCAGGAGUCUUCUGGAUGGGUCUGAUCUUCAUUCCCAUCACCUCUCUGGUGUUUGAUGUGGCCUACAAAGUUAUGAAAAAGGUGUGCUUUAAGACCCUGGUUGAUGAGGUGCAGGAGUUGGAGGCACUGUCGAAAGAUCCAGGAGCUGUGGUGCAUGGGAAGAGUUUGACUGAGAGAGCCCAGCUCCUGAAGAACGUCUUUAAGAAGAGCACCGUCAGUCUGUACCGGUCCGACUCCAUGCAGCAGAAUCUACUCCACGGCUACGCAUUCUCACAGGAUGAGAACGGAGUGCUCUCCCAGUCUGAGGUCAUCAGAGCCUAUGACACCACCAAGCAACGGACCAGUGAGUGGUGAGAUCUGGCUCGCUGGGCCCCGCCCCCCUCUCAGCGGUCACUUAACUUUUUAAAGGCUGGCAGAGAGCUGAAGCCUGUCAGUUUAACUUUGGCCAGCCUACGGCAACAACGGAUACGAAAAACGAAGCACUAUGAGAGAGAGAAAAAAAUCAAGUUCUGCUGUGCUGUAGUUGUAUGUUCAACAGCAGACACGAGCACUGUGCUAGCAUAUUUUUGCCCAGCCUGCGGUCAGUAUGGUUUCUGAUCUGUCAAACAGAGGAGAACAGCAUAAAGAAUUGACUCUCCUCUCUCCUCCGCCAUUCCUUCGGCUAUGAGUGUUACAGCCAAAAAUGUGCUGUUGAUGAGGGUGGUGAUAAAGGUGUUGAGAAACAUUUGUGGUAAUGGUCUUUGACUGUGACUUCCUAAUCAUUAAUGGCACAUAAAACACUCCCUUUUGUUUUUAUAUUACAUAUGUAUUUUAUUUGCGUCAGAAAACGAGACGUAUGCCAGAUAACCAGAAAUUAAGAUCCAAAGAACAUUAUAAAUGCAGUCUCGAUUUUAAAAACAAUAUUUCGAAAUUAUAAUUAGGUGUUAACCGGUUGUUUUUACACGCCUCAGAUGCGUUCUGCACUAAUUUGAGAACUUUACCCUUGAUUUUUGAUUAUUUUUCAUGUUAAAUUCUAAUGUACCAAGGCCUUAUAUUUGUUGUUGCCUUCAGCCAUUACUGGAUAUAUUUUUUUUUU